AAAUCUUUUGACUAUGAUUUCGGCAUAUCUAUAUAGUCAUCUGUCUUACAAAAGUAUAUGUACUGGUAAUAAUACUUGUUACGAUUACUUCUGGGUCUGAAGUCUAUACUGUCUGGGUUUAAUUAUGGACGAUUAUGUGAAGAUAGAGAAAAUUGGAGAGGGUACCUACGGAGUUGUAUACAAAGGCCGGCAUAAGGCUACCGGCCAGGUGGUGGCCAUGAAAAAAAUUCGACUUGAAAGUGAGGAGGAAGGCGUUCCCAGCACAGCCAUCAGAGAAAUAUCUCUGCUUAAAGAACUACAACAUCCCAACAUAGUUUGUCUUCAGGAUGUGCUCAUGCAGGAAUCCAGACUCUACCUUGUCUUUGAAUUUCUUUCUAUGGACCUAAAGAAAUAUUUGGAUUCUAUACCUUCUGGACAGUACAUGGAUCCGAUGCUUGUAAAGAGCUAUCUUUACCAGAUUAUGCAAGGAAUAGUGUUUUGCCAUUCUCGAAGGGUUCUUCACAGAGACUUGAAGCCACAGAACUUGUUGAUAGACAAUAAAGGAGUAAUUAAGCUGGCAGAUUUUGGACUGGCCAGAGCCUUUGGAAUUCCAGUACGAGUUUAUACUCACGAGGUGGUGACGCUGUGGUACAGAGCCCCUGAAGUAUUGCUUGGUUCUGCUCGUUACUCUACACCAGUAGAUGUAUGGAGCGUUGGAACGAUAUUCGCAGAGCUAGCCACUAAGAAACCCCUCUUCCAUGGAGACUCGGAAAUAGACCAGCUGUUCAGAAUAUUCAGGUCUCUGGGAACUCCAAACAAUGAUGUCUGGCCGGACGUGGAGUCCUUGCCAGAUUACAAAAACUCGUUCCCCAAGUGGAAAUCAGGAAGUCUGUCAUCCCUUGUGAAAAAUCUAGAUGAAAACGGCUUGGACUUGUUAGCGAAAACACUCAUUUACGAUCCUGCAAAGAGAAUAUCAGCAAAGCAAUCCCUUAACCACCCUUACUUUGAGGACCUGGAUAAAACCAACCUGCCUGCAAACACAAUCAAGAAAGUCUAACUGCCUUGGAUUAAUUUCCAUUUCCUUUUUGUGAAAUCUAACAAUGGAUUUAUGUUUAACUUUAGAUACUUUUCUUUUCAGUCUAUAUAUAAAUGUCUUAUUUUUCCUUUCUCUGCACGUCAGCCUUUUGUGUUGUGGAGUUAGUUUUGUAUGUGAAUUUUUAUAAUUCAGCACUCUGUAAAUAGGAUUUUUUUUAUUUGUGUUCAGAUUAAAUUGUGAUGUGUACUACUGCUGGAAAGCAGUGUAUAUAAUUUCAAUAAUAAAGCGCACCUUUGAAUUACCAAAAUACUAAAAUGCAAUUAAAAUGACAAA